GGUAAGUGUCGAUACCAUUAUUUCCCACAGCCCGUGAAUCCAACACUAGCUAUUCGGACAUGGUGGUAGCAUCACACCAGUAUAUGAAUGGGGUUGUGUUGGGCCCAUAGACUGUAUAAAAUAGGUUGAGCCUCCUGUAAACUUUGCUCCCUGUGGAGCUAAUACGUAGUAUUUUGGAAACUGUGAUUAUUUGGCUGCUAUAAGCCUUAAAUUACUCCCUUGUCCCAGUUCUGCCUUGGGCUUUGAAGCUAAAGUAGCUUAGCAUCAUCUCUUCGACCGUAACGUUAUGCUAACCGGCAGAGAUUAGCUAGCUAUCAGCUAACGUUAGCAGUUCUAGUGAAUGUCGGGAUAGUCGACCUCAAUGGGUAGGAAACUAAGAAAUCCCACUUUUCAACAAAGUAUACAACGUGUGUGAUAGUUUGUUUGGAGUAAAUCAUCUCAAAAUGGACCUCAAUUUUUACUCUGACCUGUCGGAUGGUUGUGCUCAAAAUGUUGAUUCGGAGUUUUUGGACACCCAAGCAUAUGGCGGAUACUCUGAGGAAAAUAAGUUUCCAGAAGGCGGCGACAGUUAUCUCACCAUCAGUGGCGCGGGACACCCUUUUUUGUCUGCUGAGCAGACAUUCCAUACUCCCAGUCUCGGGGACGAAGUUUUUGAGAUUCCCCCCAUCUCCCUGGAUCCCGACCCGACUCUGAGCAUCAGUGAUGGAGUGUCCCACUAUGAGUUGUCAGACAGCACCGGGGGGCCUUCAGGCCCCCGUAGCCUUGUUAGCAACCUGGUGGUGGCGGCCAAUGACCCUUCCUUCGCUUCCACCUUUGUGAACUCUGGGUCUCAAGGCCUGGAGCAGCUGAACCUUGGGGCAAUGGGCCAGGCUGGAGGGGGAGCCCUGCUCAGCUCUUCUGCUCUGGAACUGGGGAGUUCCAGUGGUUCACAUUUCAGCAGUUCCUCCCCCAUGACCAUUGACGUCCAACUUGGUGACAUCAGUCACAGUCUUUUGGUAAGCAGCCAAUUGAGCACUAUUAACCCAUCGGAGCUGGCACUGGGUCUCGGGGGUGAUAGGAUUGGGCAUCAUACAGAGACACCGGACCAGCCACUCUCAGCAACUCCAUCACCAGCCAGCUCCCUGCAGGAUGAGGACAUGGACGACUUCAAGAGGAGUGUGCUGGUAGACACCCCCAUGUAUCUCUCCUCUUCCCUCUCCCACAUGUCCUCCCACCCAGCUCCUACAUCUGUGUCUCCAGCGACGGCCAGGAGGGGCGGGGGUAAACCAGCCACAAUGGCCUCAGUGGCCGGGGCGAUGGGCGCUAAGAAAUUAAGGAAGAAGAAAGACCCAAAUGAACCACAGAAGCCCGUUUCAGCGUACGCCCUGUUCUUCAGAGACACCCAGGCAGCCAUUAAGGGCCAAAACCCCAACGCCUCUUUUGGGGAGGUGUCAAAGAUUGUGGCCUCCAUGUGGGACAGCCUGGGUGAGGAACAGAAACAGGUGUAUAAGAGAAAGACUGAAGCCGCCAAAAGGGAGUAUUUGAAAGCACUGGCAGCUUAUAAAGCCAACCAGCUCACACAGCCUGCCACUGAGGAGAUGGAGACCGUCCCUUCACCUCCUCCACCAGUGGUUAGUCCGACACCUGCAGCUCUUCCCUUUGCUGGUCAUCAGGCCGUCCGUCAGGCUACCAACAGCCUGGAAGAGAACACCAUCACCAACAUUUGUGCCUCCAACAUCAUCCUGGAUGUCCCGGAGAUGACCACACGUUCCCGCACUGGGGCAAACAAAGCCCCGGCUCCAGCUGCUGCGUCACCCCCGGCCCAGACCAUCACCAAGAUCAUAAUCCCAAAGCACAUGCUGCAGGCGGGUGGCCAGGUGGUGACCAUGUUGCCCGGAGGAGUCCGCACUUUGCAGCCCACACUGCUAUUGUCGGGUGCCUCUCGUCAGCCACCGCCGCUGCAGCAGAUGCAGAGCGCACCGCCCCCGCCGCGGCUCCAACAAAUGGCACCUGCACCACCACCCUUACAGGCCAAGCCGCGAGAGGGAUGCACCACGCAGGGUUUCCCUGUGACCAUCACUGCGACACCUCCGCCUCCACUCCAGAUAAAAAUAGUUCCCGCGUCCUUGCAGGGCAAAGAGACCCUGCCGAUUAUCGUCCCUAAUACAAUGGCUGUGUCGUCUACUGCAACGGCGUCUGCCCAGUCUGCACCCGUCGUGUCGUUGCAGGUGGUGCAUUCUGCAGACACGUCAGGCAGUACAGAUGAUGAUGUAGUUACAGAAGUGCUGCAUUCAGAAGAGGAAGAGAUGGAGGUGAAUGGUUCCAGCGAUGCGGCAACUUUGAGAAGCGUGUGUGUGAGGACGGGCUGUAGAAACGCGGCCGUAGAGAGCAACGACUGGGACAAAGAAUACUGCAGCAACGAAUGUGUGGCCAAUCACUGCAGAAACAUAUUCAAGGCGUGGUGCUCGAUCAGGAAUCAGACCAUGGUGAAAUAGAGAGCUACCGAUCACAUCAACAGAAAACUUGUUUUCCACAAGGAGCCAGUGUUACUAGUCAAAGGACGGAUGCAGAGCUGGUGCUGCGCAGAAAUGUCAGAAAUGCUUUUCACUGUUUUGUCCAGUUGCUGUUCAGGACAAUAAACAAGCAGUAUUGCUACUAAAUUAGGACAGUGAUUCAAUGUUAAUAUUUUUGGCAUACAGACUAUUCUCAUGAAAGGUGAAGACAAUAAUGUAGUGUUGUGUUUCAUUAUGUAUACAGCUUUCAGUCGGGCACCAAAGGACUUCAAGGCAGCUAAAGCAAAGAUCAGCACAAAGAAGUAUCAAAGGUGUUCAAGAGAACGGUUCAGUUUACACUGGCCUACUGUAACAUGUUGAAGUCCAUUUCUCAAAACGCUCUGACAAAGAACAUUUCAACGUUUUUCAGCAGCUAGAGACGUGAUUGUCCGGCUUACUGGUUUGAAAUUCAUGCUCUGAAAUGUUUUGGGCUUUCGUGUCUCUAAGCAAGUGAAACAAUUCCAAUUCUGUCUUUACUACAUACUCAGACUAAAGCUAUGCCUUGCUUUGAGUGGGAAUAUAGUUUGUUCCACCGUGUAUACCUUGUUUUGCUCAGAAUAGUGGCAUUCUAGGUUUAUUAUUGCCUUUUUUUUUAUUUUGUAAAACAUUCUGUUCAGAUCGUUGUUACAAAAUGCUCGACUUUCAUGUUUUCUUAAUAAAUGAGCAGAUUUGCUCAAUCCCGUG